CCCAGCUCUAAAAUCGUUACAGUUGCAUUUGUCACCUAUUGACAGCUGUUGACUCACACGUUGGGCAAUCGGGGAUCGCCGGGGGCGAAACGAAAGCGAAAAGUAAUUAUAAGUGUCGCACCCUCAGACACGGGCGACGUUUUCUAAGAAAUCGCUCCGAUACCCAGAUGCGCGAUCUUAAUUUCGUGGCCACGCCACGCCCGGAAUUCACUCGCGUUCCCCCUUCCCGCUCCCUCCUCGAGCGACUAUCUCACCUCUCCUUUGCACUCUCGUAUGCUCCUUUCUUAAUGAUUUCCCACAAAGAAGUCCCAUACACAUAUCCCUCUCUCGGUUGACCAUGCCCAAUCACUUCGAACUCGGUGGAGGUAGUGCCCAAAAUUCGAUCGAACCCCCGGACAACCUCACCCGCGUAUAAAUAGUGGCCGACGGCCGCCAAACUGGCAGAACUCAGUAGUUGUUCCACUUCAGACGAACGAAAUGGCAUUCAAGUUCAUAGUACUCGCAGCCUUCGUGGCGGUGGCAAGCGCCGGCGGGCCGGCGGCUUACGACAUCGGCACGCUGUCCGCCGACCACAACAGCAUCGGCUACAGCCAGGAGUCCACGCAGAAGGGUUACGCCGGCCAGAACGUGGUGUCGACGUACAGCCGGGCCGAGGACUCCGCGCACUCGUCGGUCCGCGUGAGCAACAGCCACGUGAGCAACGACGCCCUGCUGGAGCAGCACGCGAUCGGUUACGCCGCGCCGACCUUGGCCAAGAGCGCGUACCUCGCCCAGCCCGUCCUCGCCAAAGCGGCUUACGCCGCGCCGGUGCUCGCCAAGACCGCUUACGCGUCGUCCGCUUACGCGCCGUCCGCUUACGGAUACGCCGCGCCGGUCCUCGCCAAAACCGCUUACGCGUCCCCCGCUUACGGAUACGCCGCGCCGGUGAUCGCCAAGACCGCGUACGCCGCGCCGUACAGUUACAGCAGCCCGAUCGUAGCCAAGACCUACGCGGCCGCCCCGCUGGUGACCAAGGCCGCCUACACCACCUACGCCGCGCCGGCCGCCCCUCUGGUCGCGAAAGCCGCUUACGCCGCGCCCGUCGCCCCGGUCUUAGCUAAGACCGCGAUCGCAGCACCGGCCGCCCUCACGUACGCCGCUCAUGCCGCCCCGGUAGUCGCCAAGACCUACGCCGCUCCGUACUCGUACGAGACCGCCGCCCCGGUGGUGCACGCCACCUUCAGUGGCUUCGGCACCAGCUACGCCUGGUAAACGAACGUCCCCUCGUGUCUGCCACGACGACCGUUCCUUAGUAACAGGUGUCUCUCGUGUUUCGGUCUUCUCUCCCUCGAACUCUCCACGACGUUACCAUAUCUUCCCCGGCACACGCACCGUUUCCUUCGUUCGCAACGUAGCUGUGUAUAUAAUAUAUUUAUAGCGAUAUUUAUAUUUAUAUACCGCGCUCUACACAGACACAUACAUACGCGCGCUCACACACUCCGCCCUCCGUAAGCACGAACACUUGAGCGAAUCGUAAGUUACGCAACGUACUUUGAAAUACAUGUAUACUUUUGUACCCGGCGCGAAUAUUUCGGUUUUAGCAAUAAAGCUAGGAGUUUUAAGUGUAUAUUAGGUGUGAAGGAAUAAACCGAAAUUAUACAAGCGACGAUAAAGGGUGUCUACGAGCUUUCAAAGUUACCCCGAGGAAAGCAAUCGAUCCGAUUGAAGUCCCGAAGUAAAGAUCAUCCUCUCGAUUCCUCGUUGCCUUUGCUCUCACGUGUGUUUCAAAGUCCGCA